CCAGGGGCACGGGCAGCUGCUGCGGGCGGGGCCCUGUCCCCGUCCCUGUCGCUGUCCCCAGCGGGCCCAGUCCCGCCCAGCCAUGGCCGAGGAGCACGGGGAGCUGGAGGAGCGGAUCAUCAUCAAGGACCAGCACACCAAGGAGAUCGACCUGGUCAACAGAGACCCCAAGCACAUCAACGAGGACGUGGUGAAGGUGGAUUUUGAGGAUGUGAUAGCUGAGCCCGUGGGCACCUACAGCUUCGACGGCGUCUGGAAAAGCAGCUACACCACCUUCACCGUCAGCAAGUACUGGUGCUACCGGCUGCUCUCCGCCCUGCUGGGCAUCCCCCUGGCCGUCCUCUGGGGCUUCCUCUUCGCCCUCAUCUCCUUCUGCCACAUCUGGGCUGUGGUGCCCUGCAUCAAGAGCUACCUGAUCGAGAUCCAGUGUGUCAGCCGCAUCUACUCGCUGUGCAUCCACACCUUCUGUGACCCGCUCUUCGAGGCGCUCGCCAAGAUCUGCAGCAACAUCCGAGUUGCUGUCCAGAAGGAGACUUAGGUCCUGGCAGCUGCCCCAACACCCUCACACAGCCCCCUCUGUGCAGGCUGCCUGCCCUCGGGCACACGGACACCCCUGUCCAGUGAGGGACCCACACAUGGACACCCCAGGGAGGAACCUGCCCAAGGACACCCCUGUCCAAUGAGGAACCCAGACAUGGACAGCCCAGUGAGGGACCUGCCCAAGGACACCUGUCUCCAGUGAGGGGCCCGCACAGGGACCCUGUGGCACAGGAACCCGUGGCAGGACCCGCAGCAGAGCUGGCUCUCAGGGAUGCUCUCUGCUCACAGAGACAGGCCAGGCUGCUCCUUACUCCACCCAAAGCCAGAAGCCUCAGGAGAAGGAAGCCCAUCAUGGCGCAGGAAACAGCCCAGAGGUCUCUGUGCCCUGCAGGCCCCCAGAGCUCCUGUGAGGGACAGCAGCACCUCCUGGAGCACAGCCCUGGGCACAGCCCUGUCUGUCCAUGGGCUGUCUGUCCACAGGUGCUGGGCAAGCGCUGGGGCUGCAGAGCUGCUGCUGGCCCCUGCCCAAAGCCUGCCUGGCCCUGCAUCCCUUGGGGCUGGGCUGCUGCUGACAGAAACUCCCCCACAGGAGUUAUUGUUUGUGGCAAACAAUUGCUGUGGUGGGAGCUUCUGCAUUAAACCGCUGCACAAAGCUUUUAGGGAUAGAAUAGCUAAACCAAACGCUUUUCAUGCCUACUUGCAUUUCAGCCAAGCUGUGAGAGCCAGAGCAGUCCAUGCAUGACAUGUUGUGUCUGCUCCCAGAGCGUGAGCUGAUCCUGGGCCAGCUGCAAACCCGCCCCUGGCACUGCGAUGCUCAAUUAUGUAAUUAAUUGUAGAGCAUCGUCAAGUGCCGUGGGCAGGGUCCAGGGCAGGACAGCACGGUGGGAGCCAGCCCUGAGCAUGGCCAGGGGGACAGGGAGCCUUGGGGAACCCCAACCAAGAGACAAGCUGGGCUCUGAGCAAAGCCUAGCUUGGUUUCUCAGGCAAUCUCCAUGAGACACGCGUUCAGUCAGCUCCAGCCACACGGGGUGUGCAUCCCACAGGCCAAGGCUGUCCCUCUGCCCCGAUGGACUGGGAGAGCAGAGGAGGGAGCCUCUGCCAGGACCCUGCUGCUCUGGCUGCAGGGAGAGAGGAGCCAGGGGCGAGAGGUGCAGCUCAGAGCUGUUUCCUCCCCUGUACAGUCAAUAAACUGCUCAGUCCCUCUUCCACCGAGCUGCACUUUCACUUUGAGGCCCUUGAAUGCUCUUUUGGCUCCAGCCUUAAGUGCUUUGCUGAACCAGGGCCCAGGAGGUCUCCUUGUUCAGAGGCUGCUCUCAAUUGUCUCCAUGUGCGCCUUCCCCUUGGAUUCCAACAAAGACUUGGAGCCAAAGACUUCUCUAGUGCCACGCCAAGGACGAGAAAGAGCCAGGGUUUCUGCUGGAGCUCUUCCAAGGGCUUGGGAUUGUAUACUGCUGUUAUUCCAUAGCAAUGUGGUACCCAAGCUCCAGCAACAUCAGGGCCCAAGAAGGAUGGAGUAAUUAAA